CUCUCUCUCUCUCUCUCUCUCUCUCUUUUGCUUAUGUUCCUCUUCCCUUUGCUUCUUCCUUCAAUAUUUCUCUGUUUUAUCUUCGUCUUCUUCGUUCUUUGAGUGAUUCUCAGAUCUGUAUACUCUCUCUAGUCUCUAUUUAGGUUUUUCUUCUUCACGGAGCAACCCCACGUAUCUUUAGCAUUCUUUUGUAUAUUUGGAAUGGUUUCUACUGGAAACUUGACAAAUAAAUUCAUAUACUGAAAGGAAUUUAUGGCGAUGGAGCCCCAUACAAACAAAAUGGGAAAGUAUCCUACUCCUAUUAAAUUGGCGAAGGGUGGAUGAAGCUUAAUGAUUUGUUCACAAGGAGCACAAGAAGCUCCAGGGAACUCUUUACAUCAGUAUUAACCAGUCUUAUAAAAGGUUUCUUUCCAAGAGAUGUUAUAAGAUAUUAUUGGUGGAACUAACUUCAUUAAAAGAUUUUGUGAAACUUCGUCCUGGGAUACAGUGAAAAUGGACAGAUCAGAUACAUCAGGCUUUGUAAGUGGUGGAGGCUGUAUAAUGGAAUUUCUUUUUCUAGCCAUAAAGUUCUGGUAGGUAUGCGGAUCUUGUAGAAGCAUGUGGUGAACUGGUCUUCUUUUUCAACCUUCUGUAGCUGUAGUGCACAACAUCUGGAUGAUGGAUUUGAACAAGAAAGCUGUACUGUCUCCUCAUGAUGCUGAACUUAGGAAAAAUGAUAACUUUGGCGAUACUACAUUAUGCUUGAAUGGAAUUGGCUUUGGAGAAACCAACAAGGCUAGUUAUAGAUGUGCUGAUGAUGGCUGCAGAUUGGUGCUGGGAUUGGGCCCAACCCCAAUGGCGUAUGGCGAUGACUAUGACAAUUUGGGGUUUAAUAAGAAGAAAAAGUCGGCCAAUCUUUUUCCUCUGCACAUGCCAUCUGAAUGUGAUUCAAUCCUUCAACUUGGUCUUUCGGGUGGAACUAAUGAGGCAUCAGGUGUGCUGGACCACUCAGGUUCAACCGAGACUGAUGUGAAUGUGCCAUGUUUUUCAAGCCAAAUAUCUGUAGAAAAUAAUUAUUUAAGGAUUCCUGUUGUUGAUGAGGGUUCUACCUCGGCAAAGAAAUCAGGUGGCUAUAUGCCAUCACUUCUUUUGGCUCCAAGAAUGGAUAAUGCUAAAAUUUCGGUGCAGACCCAAGAACUAAUUAUUGGGACAAAACCUCAGCUGUGCCCGGAACCAUCCGAUGCUACAAAUUACUCACUCGGCACCACAUAUUCUACAGGGAUAACUUCAGACAACAGAACAAACAAUCCCAAGAGAUGUAGAUUUUUUGGCUGUAUAAAGGGAGCUCGAGGUGCUUCAGGGCUUUGUAUUGGACAUGGGGGUGGACAGAGAUGUCAGAAACCGGGAUGCAACAAGGGUUCCGAGAGUCGUACAGCUUAUUGUAAGGCCCAUGGUGGAGGGAAGAGGUGCCAAUACUUAGGGUGUACUAAAAGUGCUGAGGGUAAGACAGAUUAUUGCAUAGCACAUGGUGGUGGCAGGCGAUGUGGUUAUCCAGGUGGGUGCACAAAAGCUGCAAGAGGUAAGUCAGGACUUUGCAUUAGACACGGAGGGGGUAAGAGAUGUAGGAUGGAUGGUUGCACCCGGAGUGCAGAAGGGCAGGCUGGGUUGUGCAUCUCUCAUGGGGGUGGACGCCGUUGUCAGUUCGAUGGAUGUACAAAGGGUGCGCAAGGGAGCACUAUGUUUUGCAAGGCACAUGGUGGUGGGAAGCGUUGCUCAUUUGCAGAGUGUACCAAAGGUGCUGAAGGAAGCACCCCACUGUGCAAGGCACAUGGUGGGGGGAAGCGUUGCCUUUUCAACGGGGGUGGUAUUUGCCCAAAAAGUGUACAUGGUGGAACAAACUUCUGUGUUGCUCAUGGUGGUGGAAAGAGGUGUGCUGUUACAGGUUGCACCAAGAGUGCACGUGGCCGAACUGACUGUUGUGUUAGGCAUGGCGGUGGAAAGCGGUGCAAGUUUGAAGGCUGUGGGAAGAGUGCUCAGGGAAGCACAGAUUUCUGCAAGGCCCAUGGUGGAGGAAAACGAUGUAGUUGGGGAGAUGGAAAGUGUGAGAAAUUUGCAAGGGGAAAGAGUGGGCUCUGUGCUGCUCACAGCAGCUUGGUGCAAGAAAGGGAAAUGAACAAGGGUAGCCUGAUUGCACCUGGACUUUUCCAUGGUCUUGUACCUUCUGCUUCCACUGCCUGUAGCAGUUUUGACAACAAUUCUUCCUCAGGCGUCAGUGUUGUGUCUGACUCCUAUGAUUCUAUGGAAACUCCAGCUAAAAGACAGCACCUCAUACCCAAGGAGGUGUUAGUUCCACUCUCAAUGAAAUCACCAUCUUACUCAAGCUUCUUAACUGCCAAGAAGCCGGACCAAGACAAAAAUGGCCACAGCAUGGCUGCUGGCUGCAGCGGUGCUCGGAAAGGCCUUGAUUUUAACCUGCCGGAGGGCAGGGUCCACGGUGGAGACCUCAUGUUGUAUUUUGGAGGGAAUCUAAAAAAUGCAUCACUUGAUGUUAUCUGAAAUGAAGGGGAUUGUGAUGACUCACAAGUUGUAGAUUUCACUUUAGGAAUUAGGGACCAUUUCCAUCAUGAAAUUGUGCAUAAUGGUUUGUGCUGCUUGUUCAAUAACUGGUGUAUAGUUGGGUGUUGAUUAUUAGCCAUUAGGCUCUUAAUUGUUUGUAGUGCUUCAUCAGUAAGAUGUCUUUCAUUCUUCAAUGUAAGGUGGCAAAUGUUAAAACAAGGCUCAUAAAUCCCAUGCCACAAACAUUAUCAUUCUCUGCAUUUUCU